UACUUUUGAGACACAUAGUGCGUUAAUCACGAAGGAAAAAAACUACGUUACAGGAACUCAAAGAGACCAGAGACGGAGGUGGAUGCGCUAUCUCCCUAAAACCAACGUACCCAAACCCGUGCGCACCUCUCCUUGCGAGCGCCCAUUGCACCUCCCCACCAUUUUUUAAAUAAAUGAAUUUGGCUGGGGCUGGACCCCUCCCACUUUGUGUAUGCUCUUAAUUGUCAGUUUUGACGAAAGCUUGGGUAUUUAAAUAGCGUCAACGUCUAUUGUAUGGAUGGAAUUGUUGAAGUAGUUACAGAGCGCAUCUUACCCGACGUUUUUCACCCGCUCUACCGCGGAUCGAUAAACAUGCAGGUGUCUCUCGCGCUCCUCGUCUCCAGCACCGGGCUGCUGCUGCUACAGGGAUGUUGUACGGUCGUGCAAGGAUGGAGGGUACUAAAAAACGAUGCUACAGAAAUAAUACCAGAAUAUACUGAGAACGCACAGCCUCCCGAGCAACCAAUACUACAGGCUUCUAAUAAUAACAGUAAUACAAUGAAUCGACCAAAACACGGGGGAAGAAGAUCAUCAGCAAACAGAGCCUCUUAUAGUGCCUCGGAGCUGAGCUGCAGGGAGCUGCGCUCCACCCGUUACAUCACUGACGGCUCCUGCCGCAGUGCCAAGCCCGUCAAGGAGCUGGUGUGCUCGGGUCAAUGCAUGCCCGCCCACCUCCUACCCAACUCCAUCGUGCGCGGCAAAUGGUGGCGGAGCAGCGCCUCUGACUACCGCUGCAUCCCGGCCCACUCCCGAACACAGCGGGUGCAGCUGCAGUGCCCCAACGGCAACUACCGGGCUUACAAAAUCCGCGUGGUCACCUCCUGCAAGUGCAAACGCUACAGCCGCCACCACAACCAGUCAGAGGCCAAGGAGAGCUCCUCAGAGGCCAAGCCCAGACGCGACAAGAAACGCACCCGACUGCCUGGGAGUCGGAACAAAAGCAACACACCGACACUGGUCAGCAAUUCAUACUGAGGAUGCUCUUCCUUCCUUCGUACACGGACAGAGACCAAAGCAGUACACACGCACAUGUUACACACACCCAACACGGCUCCUUCACUGGAAGAGGGAGAAGAAGAGCCUUUUCAACAAAUAAAAGGAUUUGUAAAGCUGUUUGUUGGACUGAUUUGACACAAGUCUUUCUCACCGGAGAGGCACUAUAGAUUUUGCAGCCUAUUUUACAAAAUAUUUCAGAACUUUUGAUUUGCAUGACCAAAUGAGUUGACAGAAUGCCAGGGAAGGCCAUGUGACUGGUCAGGAAAGGUGGAACACUGCCAGGAUGGGAGUGUACAGUAUUAUACAUGUUCCGGUUCAUAGCUAACAGCCUCUGACUCAGACACUAAGAGUAUCCACCUUCACCACAGAAAGAGGUGAACCUAAACUCAAACCCCACCUGUCAAAACAUCCACCGGGCAGGCUACAUUGCCUGAUAGGCCUAUAGGGUUGAAAAGUGUGUCUGUGCUCUAACUGAGCUCUAGCGCCUCUAUGGCUGGGUGUUCUGUACUGAGCAGCCUGUGGCAGCCCUGGGGCGUCCUGGCUAUGAAGGUGGGCUGCUGACAAGCCCUGGCCUCGACCCCAGACCACGCAGCCUCCUGACAGCCCGGGGAGCACCGCACUCACCAGGAGCCCCCCCCAGGGACCUCCUCACUCCAUAGCAGCCGUAUAGGAGCUGUCAGUUAAGGCCCCUGGCCCAGUGGCCCUAGUGGCCCGUGAUGGUGAAAGAGAUAGGGGGAGAGAGAGGGGUGGGGAAUGGUUGUGUCAGCACUCCAAGACCAGGGUGCCUGCGGUCAAACAGGUGACUGAGCAUUCCAGUGACCCGUCUUAAUGACUAAAUGAGCCCAUUCCUGUGUUUAAGAUUUGAGUCAUGAAAAGCCAUUUCCUCUAGACAUGGUUAGUUCCUGUUUGCUGAAACCACACAGACACACAAAAGAUCCUCAUGUGUAGAGGAGGCUCCAGCAAUUGUGCCUGUUGUUACCUUGAGGCACAGCAUUCUAUACUCAUCUACACCCUGAAUGGAGACUAUUUGUUAGCAGCAAAUAGCAUUGGUAACCAACUAGCCGUAUCCCUAUUCUAUUCAUUGAGAACCUAGAUGGUGAGGGAGAGAAAAAAACUCCACUUCUCUGAACACUGUAAAUAGCAAUUAGUUCUGCUAACAAUUUUUGGGGGGUGGAAACCACCGAACUCAAACUAUACAGUGUUCAAUACUUAAAGUAAUAAAGUGACAUCAUCACCUAUAUUGUUAUAUUUUUAAGUUGUAAAUACUUAACUAUUUGGGGUUUUCUGAAAUAUUUGACACAAAAUCGUAUUAUGUAUUCUGAACUAUAAAAAUGGAAGUUAUUUUAGCAUGAAUAUUUGUUGUAGGGAACCUAAACAUUUCGGGUCCCUUCUACUUACAUUUUCAAGUGCACAUAGUAAGUAGUUCUGAUUGGUAAUUUUCAGCGGUCGUGUCUAACAUUGUUUUAUGUAUUUGACAAUUUGUCAUUUUAACUCAUCUUAGCAGGCAUUGUUGAGCACAGUGCUCAUUCCUCUAGCAGUAACUGGAGGUCGAGUUUUAAGCAUGACAGGAUUCUGCAUUUGCCUCUGUCAAUCAGAGUGACUGUUGAUAGUGGCAAUUUCUUGUCUCAUUAUUGAAAGUCUAUUUUCCCGAUGGUUUUGAUAUCGUUUUCCAUAAUCUGUUACACUUCACAGCACAGAAAACUGCUUAAUACUAUUUUAGAAAUAUACUUUUCUUUCUUCAAACAUGCAUACAACAUUGUGUAAAAGUACUGUAUCAUAAAGUACUUUUUAUUUUAUUACCGACAAUCCUAUACAUACAGAGCCAUGUGGCAUUAUUAGGUAAAUUACGUAACAAUUCUAUAUCAGCACAAACACAGAUAAAUCAAGUGUUUUUUUGCUCUAAUAUCCAUGUCUGACUACUACUUUAUUAUUUUAAGUAAAGAUGUAAAACAUAAUAGAACCAAGUAACAACAAUUUGAGUAAUGUUUAAUGUUAGAUUGACUUUAAAAUAUUAAAUAAUUAUUACUUGUAAAUUCUCAAUAUCUUCAGAUUAGCAGAACACAAAUAAAUGAAGUUAUAUUUCCUCAAUAACUUAAUAUUUGUUAACAGUUCUUAAAAAUAUUAAGUGGCAUAUGAGUUAGUACCACUUCUAAAAUUGUUGUUCUACUUACCGUUGGAAAUGUUUGGAUAGCCACUAAUCAAUUUCUUUAAUGAGUUAGACAGUUCAUUUUUACAGUGCAAUCUCUGAAUAGAACUGACAAGAAAGAUAGGAAUGAGGUAAAAGACUGAAACUAAAUCUGAAUUGUUUUAUAUUGGCUGCUGCUAUCCUGCAGGAGACAGACAGACAGACAGACAGACCGACAGGCAGGCAGGCAGGCAGGCAGGCAGGCAGGCAGGCAGGCAGGCAGGUAGGCAGGCAGACAGACAGACAGACAGACAGGCAGGCAGACAGGCAGACAGACAGACAGACAGACAGACAGACAGACAGACAGACAGACAGACAGACAGACAGACAGACAGACAGGAAAAGGUUCUGGAUCCCCAAUUUGCCCAUGCUGACAAACCCAUUCCCCUUUCUCAUCCCUACUACAGCCUGACCUGUAUUUAAUUAAGAGUACUAUGAACCUUUCAGCUUAUUGUCCACAUUCCGUUGUGCCAUUCUCUCAUAAUACUUCCUUGUUUUGGUGUUCUAAACUGUACUGACAAUGUUUGCUUCUUGUUCAAUUGUGUGUUUGAAAUAGCAACUGGAAGGGAUUUUGUCAUGUAAGCAGAGUUGUCCGUGUAUAGCCUGAUUGUACUUUAAAGACUCAGAAGGACUCCUACAAAGAAUAAACUGCAUAUUUAUAUUUUAUUUCUACAUUUAAAUUAUUUAUGCAACUUGUAGUAAAUGAUGAAGCCAUUAUUGUCACAUAAAAUAAUAGUGACUUUCAGAUAAUAUUGAAAUACUGUACAGUACAAAAAUAAAGUAGAGGCAGUUAUAUUUGAAAGAAGUGUGUUUGUUAUCAUUCUUCUCUGAAUGAGCUGCUUUGACAAGACCUUUCUCUCCUCUCUCUCUUUACCUGCACGCCAAGUGUAUCUCUCAUGUAAACAAAUAUCAGCAAUUAGGAAGUUGAGGUUUAGCAGCUCUUUGGAAUGUCUUGCCCGGCUCACAAAAGGAGAGGAAGAGGAAUUCACGUGUGAGAUGUUAGCGACUCAGUCACAACAGCAACAUUGCUUCGUUCACAGAGAUGGAUAUGAGCCAUAGCCGUCAUUCAGCCUGUUCUUCUCUCACAGCCUCUCGCCUCCCUCAAGGCCCAAAGGUUCAGACAUUGAAAAAGACCUUUAAGUUCAAAACGUAUCUUUCCUCACAUUAUCUUAGGACUUUGUGUAUGCUGUAUCUGGAGCACACUACAGUACUGCAUUUAUUCACUGACAACUUGGGCUUCCAGACAACUACCAAGACUUACUGUAGUCAGGCACUCCAGUGUACCAAAUGAGGUGUUUAUGACAGUUUUAUCGACCAACGCAUUUCUGAAUUAUCAUAACUGGCACCUACUUUACGACAACACUUUGGAUGACCAAACUGAUGUGGAACUGUAUUAAAUAAAAAACAGA